AUGAGGGUGGAACUGCAAUUUUUCUUACUUCCGGGAUGGGACCAUUUUUAGAGAGGCAUUGUGGGGGCUUGGGCGUGAGGCCACAUGCAAAGGGUCAAUACCAGCGCAGACGGAGAAGUAUAAAUCCGGCUCAAAGACUGAAAACUGGGUGUUUCUUUGGAAGAAGCCUUGAAAAGCUAAGCUAAGUAGGAGCAAUCGAUUUCAGUUGGGGAAACAAAAUAAAUCUGGACUAAAGAUGAAAAGGUUUCCACUGUGCAAAGGAAUGCAUAUUAAGGUUAUUGCUAUAUGCUGGCUGCUGUGAUUCUUCUUCUUUUUUCCCAGACGAUGCUUUUCAAAGUGCAGUAUAUAGGAAAAAAACAUAUAUCAAGCUCAAUGGAGCCUCAUAUUCUACAUUCCUCAGUCAAGCCAAGGAGAAGUUUGGCAUCCAAGAUGAUAAAAGGAUGUAUCUUGUGGAUGAAACUGGGACAGAAGUAGAUGAGGAUGUCUUUACUGAUGUUCUGGAGGAGAAAUCAGACAUUGUCUGGACCCUCAUUGAUGCCUCUUCUGUAGAAGAAUCUUCGGUGCAGUCCUCAUGCACAGACACGCUCUCCUUGUCAUCUUUUUCAUCAGACAGCGAGUUAUCUGUUCUGUCCCCUAAAAGACGUCGCAUUGAUGAAACCACGAUGAUGUCCCCAAGAAGAGAUCAAAAUGACGACACUUCUUUAAAAGCCAAAGAGCUUGUUGAAAAACUUCUGCAAACCAAGCCAGGAGGUGAGAAAAUACUCAAAGAAUACAGACAAACAAGAGAGGUUAAGGACCCAUUACGGCAGAAGUUGGUCAACAUGGUUGUAUCGGCGAUGAUUGAGCAGUAUGGGACUGCUCCACCAAUGGAUGUAAGGACACGUUAUGCAUUAGGAAUCGUCACCCUGUUUCCCUGUCUGAAAGACCCAUACUCUGAAAAAGGAUAUGAGCACUUUUUUGAUUCCAAAAGUAAUGAAGGCUACAUCGCUUGGAAACUAAAAAACAUGCAGCGUGAACUCCAUGGUGGCAGGAGAAGGAGCAGCACAAGUAGAGAUCCAUCAAGCAACAGAGGACCACAGUUUGGAAGACCCGUGACUGCAGAGCAUCAGUUGGAGGGCGAUCUGUGCAGAGAGGCCAUUUCCCUGCUGAGGCACAGCACGGAUGAAAGCCAGAUCUUCUUGAAAAUGGAACAGACAUUUAAGCACAGACAAGAACUAAUUCAGGAUUCGGAGAAGUGUGAGACCAUCCUUGGUGUGUUCCCAAGAUUCCUGGACACAAAAGGCCUGGUAAGUCCGCUUUGGAUAUAGCGUCUUAAGCUGCAGGCUUUGUCGUCUUAUUUCAGAAUAGUGGGUCAUGACUGUUUUAAUUAGUUCAAAAAGAUUAGCAGACUUUAAAAUGUCUUUGUUUGCUGAACUGUGCAGUUUCCAAAUGUGUGUGUGUGGUUUUGUUUGAUUUUAAUGUGGUACAGGAUUUCCAGAUGAUGUUUGGAGAAGAAGUCUCAUUAAAACUAAUGGAAAAAUGGGGAACCUCUUUGAAGGUGAAAGUCAUCAAAGAAGCCAACAACCUCACAAAGACACCGGUCCUGGAGUCUCUCAUUCAGUCUUGUUGGUCUUUUCUUCUGUAAGACCAUCACAGGUACGGAGUAAAUGGAGAGGAAAAAACACCUUUCGUUGGUAGAGAGUGAAGACAAAUAAUCAGAAGAAUCAGUCUGGUUCACCGCUGCAGAGGGAGAAACACACAGCUUUCCCAGCUAAACCCGCGUUUAGCUCUUGUCUGCUGCAUCAAGUGUUUCUGGCGUUCUCUGAUCAGCAGCUAUAUUUAUUGACAGAUUAUGGAAUGUUACAUACGUAGUUCUGCCAUCUGCACUUGCAGACGCACGUCAGCUAAUAGCCUUGUUAAUGAAAGACCAAUUCAUCCCAAGAACAUGCAACCUUGAGAUGGCCAGGAACACAUCCUGCAACAUCCUCGGAACAGUUGGUGCUGUGAGAUAAGGCGGACAGGAGAUGGGAUGUGUUACUCCCUUCCAGGUAUGCAGCUGGUUAGAGCUUUGUGCAGAAAAGGCACUGAGAGGUUUUUGAUAUUAUAACAAGAUUCCAUGAAAAGGCAUAUAAUGUAUUUAUGAUAAUAUAUAAGGAGCAUAUGUGAGAGAUACAUAUAUUUUCAUAUAAAAGAGCUUAUAAUAAUAUAUGAAAGAGCUUAUAUGAAAGACACAUAUAUUUUCAAUCCCCCUUUUGAACUCUUCAAAAGAGUUCAACAAAGAGCAGAUCAAUAAAUGGUAAAAAAGACAUGAAAAGAACAACACCAAAUAUCACUAAACAGAACCCAUCUCAAAACACAAGAUGGAGUUCCAGAGUAAUACAUCAACUCUUAACAUGCAAUGAUCAGGAAACUGAAAAACAGAUGAAUUCACAGCUGUGACUAUAAGAAACUGUGAAACAAUACAUGAAACAUGACUUUAGCAUUGACUGCACAUAUCA